GGCGCGGGGCCGCCGCGGGCGCAGGGAACCGCCGUCCCCGGGGCUGCCGCCCGCCGUCCGCGCCCCCGAGCAGGUGCCGGCUGACCCCCCCCCAGGAUGGCGGAGGCUCACCAGGCCGUGGCCUUCCAGUUCACCGUCACCCCCGAGGGUUUGGACUUCCACCUCAGCCGCGAGGCCAUCCGGCAGCUCUACCUCGCCGGCAUCUCCUCCUGGAAGAAGCGCCUGGUCCGCGCUAAGAACAGCUUCCUGACCGGCGUCUACCCGGCCUCCCCCUCCAGCUGGAUGGUGGUCGUGAUGGCCACCGCCGGCUCCUUCUACUGCCAGGUGGACCCCUCCCUGGGGAUGAUCGCCCGCAUCCGCCACUGCCUGCCCGAGAGCCACCUCCUGACCCACGAGAGCCGGACGAUGGUGAGCGCCGCGCUCUUCUCCACCGGCGUCUGGCUCUCCGCCGUGCUGCUGUUCCGGCAGGCGCUGAAGCUGCUCCUCUCCUACCACGGGUGGAUGUUCGAGCCCCACGGCCAGAUGAGCCGCAGCACCAGGAUCUGGGUGGCGCUGAUGAAGGUGCUGUCCGUCCGCAAGCCGCUGCUCUACAGCUUCCAGACCUCUCUGCCCAAGCUGCCCGUGCCCCCCGUGGAGGCCACCAUCACCCGGUGA